AUGCGGCAAAUUGACCUGAUGGUGUCUGCUAAGAAAAGUGAGUGGGAAAAUCACAUGCAUGCUGUUCAGAUUCAGCUCGAUAAGAAAACUAAGGAACUGGAGUUUGUUAAAAGUGAAAUGGAACACAAAAGUCAGGAGGUACAGGACAUAAGUUUUAUUAUAAUAUUAUUAAUUUUAUCAAUGUUUGUUAAUUCUAAUGCUCAUUUUCAUUAAUCAGAGUAUCUUCAGUUCAUUUAAGCAGAGUAAUGAUUAUUUUUGUGGCCUCCAAAACAGAUACGAUGUCCACUUAACUCCUGAAAAUUCUGAAAAGCUUCUUUCCAUUUGUAUUUCCAAUAAAUCUACCCUACAUACACUUGAAGAUGUUGGGGUUUUUCCCCAGCUUCCUAGCCUAAGCUAGAUAAAUCUUGGUUGCCUGCAAAAUGCUAUUAGACAGCACCUUAAUAUCAACUUCCAUUUAUGUGCAGGGCUGUGUUCUAGCAGAGCUUGCUGGCCCCUGGUGCCCAACUUUUACUCUUGGAUGACUAGAAAAUCUCAGAUUUUUAAUACAAAUCAUAUGCUGGGCACCCUAUAGCUAGAUUUUACAUAACCAGAGCACUGGGCUCCCUUGAAGUUUCCUUAGAGCACAGCCUUGAUGUGUGCAUGCAUGCAUGCUGUUACACUAUACUAUGAUCUGCUUCACCUUCUAUCAACAGGUAGGAAGACUUCAACAGAAAGUGGAUGAGAUGGAAAUGACUCGAAGAGAUUUAGUUGCUGAGUAUGAGGAACAUGUAUUGCAUCUGAAAGAAGAGGUAUAUUACGGCUGA